CUCUAUUCAAAGACCUGGCCAGCCUUUCGCCCAUGUGAUAUGGUAGUUUCGCACCCACGCUGGGUCGCGAGCGAGACGGUUAAAUAUGGCCGGAGAUGGUAAGCCACUGGUAGGCCACAGAUUGGACACUAAUAUUAGAGUAAUGAUCGAUUUGUGAACGACAUGUGACCUGACGGGGUAAUUUACGGGCUUGACCGAGGAUUCCUGGUCCCAGAGGAUAAAAGGGCGACGAGUUGUCGGUACUUUCCCCAGUCAAGUCGCUCGACCGUUAUCUUUAACAUGGACAAGAGGCUCCUUCCCGGGCAGUAUUACAUCACCUCUUUGCAGAACAACGAAAACCUCGGGGUUUCCCAAAGCCUGCCUGUAAUUCCCCCGCUUCCUGUUCCAGUUAUGAUCCUUCGCCCAGGAGUUUUGCCUCCUGAAUUUACUGUCGAGGUGGUUAAUGGAGGGGAUAACACUUAUGUCAUCAAGGUCGAGCGUAGGAACACCCGUGGUCGAAAGGACCGUGUCUUCGCCUUCGCAGACCAACCUGCUGAGGAGUGGGUUAUCCUCUACAGAGAAUAUAACGGUGCAUAUACCAUCGAGAGGAGGGACCAACCUGUUGGAUGGACUGUUCAACAGCCCGAAGGGGUAGAGGACCGUCAGGUUGUCCUCAGUCCCGUUGUCUCCACACGCUCCAUCCCUCCUCAGUUCCGCCCUACGCAACUAUUCAGAUUCGAAAGUGCAGGGCCCCAGGAGUGAUGAAAGAUAAUUUUGUAUUCAUGUCUGAAGUGUAAGAAUACAUGUCCUGUACGACCUUGAAGAUUGUUAUGUGCCAUUCAUCGUACCUUGAAGCUUCCUGCAUACCGGGUUGAACCAGUCGUCCCU